UGUUGUGCAACACUAAUAAAUGCUUCUGAUCUCCUACUUUUGAAAUGGAGUGGGCUCUUCGUUUCGUUUUUUAGGGUUUGCUUCUGAACAUCGGCGUGAAUUUUAGAUUCGGUGUUGUCCAGCGUAAGUUAGUUUGCACAGUUGGUUUCGAUGUCGGUGUGAUGGAGUUUGAGGGUUUUCUUGGAUCUCUCGAGUUACAUGUUUCUUUAUUCAAUUUGUAUCUGCUGAGCCUGUACUUUUCAAUGGGAGGGGGUACGCAUACCAUGGCGUCUUUUGGCAAAAAAUUCCAUUUUUUCAUUGCGUUUUGAAAGAAAUAUAAGUUUUGUACAUUUUGAGAGGCAGGAGCUUUUUCGUUAACUGGUUGUGAAUAUGCCGAGUGGAGGAGAAAUAGAUAUUGUGAUUGAUAUGGCAAGUUCCACUAAUACUGCCAUUGAGAAUAUGCACAAUGUCGGAGAAGGGAAGAAUUCGUUGUGUGAGGUAUGGAGUGGCUUUGUUGUCUGUGACCGGUCAAUUAGAAGCCAGGAAGCUUUGGGGUUUGAGAAUAAGUUGCAUGAUUGUGCUGAGGUUCGGCUGGAGAAUGGGGAGGCUUUGCUAGUGAAUAAAAGGGUUGUAGGGGACGAGAAGGUUGAAAAGGUUGUGGGAGCUGAGAAUCCUAAGAAGAAAGGAUGUAAGAAACCUCCCAAGCCUCCCCGCCCUCCCCGCCCUCUGUCACUGGAUUUUGCUGACCAGAAGCUCGUAAGGGAGAUUUCUGAGCUUGCGAUGCUGAAGAAGGCUAAGGCUGAUAGAAUGAAGAUAUUGAAAAAAAUAAAAAAUGGGAAAUCAGCUUCAUCUUCUGCUGGAAACACUUUUGCGCUGGUUGUUUCUCUUAUUUUCUGCAUUGUAAUUUUUUGGCAAGGAGUCUUUCCAAAAGGCAGGACAAACUCAACUUUUCUAGGAUCUCCACAAUCAACGAUUGGAACCACUGCUACUAGCAGCAGCAGCAGCAGCAGCAUUUCGAUUGAGUUUUACCGUAAUGUCUCCAUUAACACUGGAUCAAGCUGAGCUUCCCCCAAGGAGGACGCUGUUAAAAGAAUGAGCAGCAGCUGAAUGGCCCGGAGCUUUGGAUUUCGACUUCUUUAGUCAAUAUGAACCAGGGAUUUGGCAUUUUUCCUUCAUAAUCCGCAUGUGUAUAUUUGACGGCUCUUGCCUCGAGCCUGCAUUGUGUGCAUUGAACAUGAGCUUGAUGAUCUUGAAUUUCUGAGAAUGGUGAUUGCUAACUGUUCAGUUCUCUGGCAUCCCUGCGUCACGUUGGAUUUUUUAACCAGUUGUCUGAUGAAGGUCAAUUCCUGAUGAAUUUUAUGUUUAUCUAAUUAAUUAUUUAUUUAUUUAGUGUUAAUUGAUGGAAUUUCUUGAAACUUGGAUUAGUAUGCACGUUUAAAAGAGUAGCUGAGUAAGUUUCCAUUUC